UGCAGUUUCACAACAUCACAUGGAUUAUUGGAUGUGACAGUACAUUGAGUAUUGGACAUGUGGCCGCACCUGUCUGGAUCAUUAAGGUCAGGUAUUGGCUGCUGACGUAUCAUUACCACGGAUAAGGUCGAAAUUAGGCUGCAGCGUUUCAGCAUGGAUCUCUCUGGGAAACUUAUUAUCAAAGCUCAACUAGGACAUGACUUGCGACGAAUCCCAAUACAUAAUGAGGAAAUCACUUACGAUGAACUUAUUUUAAUGAUGCAACGUGUCUUCAAACAGUAUAUUACAAAGGAAGAUGAAUUAUUGGUAAAAUAUAAGGACGAAGAUGGGGACUUUAUAACGAUUGAGGAUGAGUCUGAGCUCUCCCUCGCCAUACAGUCCAGCAAGGUGCUACAGAUUAAAGUCUUCGUUGUAAACAAACCUGAAAUAUUACAAUGUACUGCUCCAUUUAAAAACAGAAAAGACGGUGAAGCUAAAAACUCGAAUCAGGGGAUACGUUUUCUUUAGUUUAUGAACUUCAACGGCUUGGUAACCACAUCCUAAACGUAGCUGAUCGUAUUCAAAAACGUUUUCUGCCAACAAUUCCAUGGAUAUAGCUUUCACUAACUGUAAUCGACUUGAAAUAGUAAACAAAACAGACGUAAGUAUUAUCUGCCAACCAUUUUCCACUCAGAAAAAUUGUUAUUUUUCAAUUGGAUAUAAUUUGAUUGAUCAUGAUUAACACUCGGUAGCAAUUUACUGAAACUUAUAUGAGUCUAAACUGCCAUUUAUACUUACUUGCCGUUGUCCCUUGUCUGCAUCACAUUCCCAUUACUAUAUUUUUGAUGCUUUCGAUAAGGUCCGCAUGCCCAUUUUUCUAAACCUACAGUCAGAAAACCGAUCGAAUGGUUGCGAACAAUUUCAUUAUGUACAUCCAUAACUCACGAUAAUAUGUAUAGGUGAGAUAUCAAGACUACUCUAAAUAAUAAGUUUUAAUGCAUACACAACUAGGACAUUUGCAAUCCAAAACUAAUAAAUUCUUAGUUGAUUGAUUGUAGUCUAUGAGCGGCAAAAGUGAUAACAAUAGCCGAUAGGUCAAAAAAUAGCUUACUGUCAGGACUACACAAAAGUCCCACAGACUAAAUUUUUAAUGAAUACAAAUUAGUAGUAUAUUAGCUUAUCGAGAAACAAAAGCAAAUUAAUUUUACUUUUGUUCCUGUUCCAUCCUAUCAACUGUUGUAUGUAUGGUUUAGGUGGUAACUUACGAAUUUUGGCGUUCUUACAAUACAAAAGCUGACAACAAUAUCAUAUCGAUGCGCUAAUAUUUUGUAGAAUUCAAAAUGUGUUGAGAAAUGUCAUGGUGAUCAUUUUAUUGGUACGUAAUAAAAUAGGUUAUUUAGUUCAUAUAAUUCCUGACUACCUAUUCAAAAAUAACAAAUGUUAAAUAUCGUAUAAAGCACCACGGGGCAUAAGUAGAAAUAGUUAACGUUGUAAGUUACAACCUCAUCAAAUCUAGAUGCUGCAGCUUUCUGAUCGAAGGUCUUAAUAAGCAGUAUUGAACAUUACAUUUAUGUAACUUGAAUAAUGUGCAGUUUUCGUAUAUUACUGUCUGGAUAACAUUAAACAAACCAUUUGAUUGUUUUACAAAAUUUACGUGAGAACACGUUUGUACUCAUACAAUUCCUAAGUCGUUAAUGUAUCUGUACAGUGUUGUUAACUAAAAUAUAUCCUUCUACGCCUAAUUUAGAAAAUGAUUCUAUUUUUCUCUUUUGUCACAGUCAAUAUGCAACCCGGAGAGUAACAAGGAAUUCGAUCCGUUAUCUAAUGUCCGAUCUACAGAUGUUACAAUCUCUUCUCCAAAUCCACCCAUCUACUUGUCACCAAUCAACAGUUCAGAUAACAUUUCGAAAUCAAAAUCUUGUGUGCGUGUAGAUAAUAGAAUGAUUUUAGCAUGAUUUUCGUGGUGUCCAAUUCACAUAAGACACAUGACUGUGCUUCUCUGUAUUGUGGUUAACUUGCGUCUAAAACCCGAAAUUAGUCUUUCACUGAUCAUGUCGAUCGGGGUAACCGGAAAUUACCAGCUAAUCACACAACACAAUUAAACUUAAGUUAAAAUAAUGAGUAGAAUUUUGACAUAUGUUGUUCUUCACCCUAUUUACUUUUCCAAAACCCACCUCAAUAUCAGUGAAAGUCGUCACUUUGAAGUAGAUCCUGUCGCAAGCAAUAUAUGGCAAAUUUCUUGACGGGUAUAUUAGUCCCUUGAAUAUACCCAUUAUAUUUUACAUAUAAUGAUCUUUAGAUCCAAUAUAUUCUCAGGAUCUACUAGUGUAAUUUUCAAUGUAGGUGCCCAUAAAAGCGGCAAAGCCUGGGUUCAAAUGCUGAACCAGAGUUAAUCUCUACUAAUCUAUCAGAUAUCUUGUGUGGUUAAGACGACAAACAUAAUCACAUAAAUUGUCUCCAAAUAGUUAAAUGUCAGG